UCAGGAGGCAGAUAGGAAGUCCCUUCAGUUCUCUAUUGUCCAUAGUCUAACGAGGCUUUAGGUCAGCCACAAGAAAAUUGUCAUGAAAAUUAAAGACGGGUAUGAAGAAGAUAGAAAUUCAAGAGAUAUGAACACUUGCAGUAUUUCAGACAAGAUCGGAUUUGCCUCAGCUACUACUACAACCUUUCAGAUAAGUGAGCCUCGAAGACAAAGAAAGCCAUCCCCAUGCUGUGGUCGGUCGGUCCUCGUCGUGUACCUGCUGCUGCUGACGGCCACCCAGGUGCUGCUGGCAUACAAAGUGUUUAAGAUGCAGAGAGAGAUAUUGAAACUUCAAGAGCAAAAUACCUCCUCUACAGAAGAGUUUCUGGAAAGCUCCUUUGCCAGCAACCUGAUUUUGGAGAGAAACUCUGCAGAGAAGCACAUGGGACAUGAAGAAAACUGGAGGAGAAGCUUAGAAGAGGAAAUCACCAUAAUUAAAAACAGCAAUGCAAACCUGAUGAUGAUGAUGAGCAACAUCAGCCUGGUUGCAGGGCGUCCUGGACGCAAAGGAGAUCCUGGUCCACCAGGGCUACAGGGACCACCGGGGACAAAGGGAGACCAAGGAAUCCAAGGAUUACAAGGACUGCAGGGUGAGAAGGGGAGCAAAGGAGAUCCUGGUCCUGCCGGCCCACGUGGUGAACCAGGAACGAGAGGAGAAAAAGGAGAUACGGGGCUUGCAGGUCUUCAAGGACAGAAAGGCGAAAUGGGCAAGAAGGGAGACCCCGGGCCUCCUGGACCUAUGGGUCCUCAGGGACAUCAAGGAACCCCAGGACUGCAGGGUUUCAAUGGUAGCACGGGGGAGCCUGGACGUCCUGGUCAGAAAGGAGAGCCAGGCGUAACUGGACAACGUGGACCUGUGGGAAGUCCUGGCCUCGAAGGGAGACCUGGUCAGAAAGGGGAGAAGGGGGACCGUGGGCCCAGUGGUAGUCCAGGAGUACCAGGCAUUAAUGGACUCAAAGGCGAAAAAGGAGACAUAGGAGUAACAGGUCCUCCAGGGCCAAUGGGAGCAAAGGGAAACCCGGGCCUUCCAGGCAUCCCAGGCCCAACUGGUGAAAAAGGAAGCAAGGGUGAUUAUGGCAGUCCUGGUCCCAAAGGAGAUCCAGGAUUAAAAGGUGCUAAGGGAGACCGUGGAUCACCUGGUUCCCCAGGAACAAAAGGGAGCAAAGGUGAAAAGGGACAAGGCAUCUUCAGUUCUUCUGUACGAAUCGCGGAAGGAGGCAGGAGGGGGCGGGUGGAAAUCUUUCACAAUGGGGCCUGGGGGACAAUAUGUGACGAUGGUUGGGGCACCCAAGAUGCGACUGUGGUCUGCCGAAUGCUGGGAUACAGCCAUGCGAUCUCUACCUUCACAGCCACACCAGGCUCUGGGGAAAUUUGGCUUGAUGACGUGAAUUGCAGUGGGAGCGAAGCCUCAAUCUUCGACUGUCAGAAGCCCGGCUGGGGAGUGCACAACUGCUCGCACAACGAGGACGCUGGUGUGGAGUGUGCAUGAUGGGUUGUGGAGGCUGCUCUGGGAGCUGCCACCCCCUUCUGUCUCUACGGGGCUCUUGUUCAUAACGCAAACCCAAUUUUGUCAGGCUGCGCUUGUAGUUUCUUUACCAGGUCAUAAAAAUAUUGACAGAGAAAGUUGAAUUUUCUGUAAAUCGAUAAUGGUUACAAGACCCACAGGUAACCUGAAACAUCCCAGCUGUCACGAAACAACUGGAGGUCAGGCACGUGAGCCAGUUCACAGCUUUUCCCUCUAUCGGACAUCAGCUCAUCUGCAGUAGCUCACACGUGUGUGACCUCAAACUCUGCAGGGGAGGAGAGAUGGUCCACUUUAGCUUAGUGCAGCAAGAGAGAACGGGAUAAGCAUGUAGACAUGGGAUGUUACUGCAGCUGAGCUGGCUAGUCCAUCUUCAUCACAGCACAGUUGUGAACCUGAGCUUAGAACCCCCAGUGAAAUACACACACCCAAGACAGGAGAUGCUCGGAAAUCAUCAGAUGAUCUCUCUGGCAUCCAAAUAAAAUGAUCUCCAGAAAUCAUGUUGAUCACAGUUUAAAGCACAAAACUAAGUGGUUGGGAUCUAGGCGCUGCACUAUUCUGGUUUGACCUUGUUUUUGACCUUGGCUAUGUCCCCUGCUUUUUCUCUCAGUGUUUCCUAACCUGUCCCUGGGAACAACACCCCUUACCUUACCUGGUGUAUAAAGCUAUUCAUAACUUUAGAAAUUAGAUGCUCCAGUAAAGUAAAGGGAUAACGAAUAAAAGCGAUAAUGGGGAAACAUCAAACAAUUAAACUUCCAGAGUGAAAAUUCGGACCCUAAACCAAAGGCUUCUACCAUACUGAAAAUCUCAUGUGUGUCUGAGAUAACAACUGAAAAGCUUCACUUUCUUAAGGCCCAAGUAUUGCUCUUUUCCACCAGCUCUGGACAUUGGGCAGGUGACAAGCAGCCUGCAUGCACGUAGCCAGGCUCAUCCCAACCACCAAUGUGGACAUUUUGUUUAAAAUGUCAGAAAUACAUGUAAGCAACCCCACAUCUCUGCCUUGAUGCGAGUCAUAAUUGCAUUUGCCUACACAGUUCUGAAACUAGUUUUUAGUGCUUAGAAAUCCAGAUAUAAGUGGAAAACCCAAGCAGUGCUGGUAAGAGCAGCAGACAAUGGGGCAUCCAGGGCCAACGUGGGUGAGAAGACCCAGCAGCGUGCAGGGUCUGGUAGUGCAGUCUGCAACAAAGCUCAUCACUGCUUUGAAGCAAAGGAAAUGUUUGUUACGGGGUCUCAAGCCUCAGGAAAGAAGUCUGGAAAAUCCAGAAAGUUUUGCAGUAUCCAUUCCGAUGCUUUUGACAGCAGGAAAAUGAAAAGAGCUGCUUACCUUUGCUGCUUCUGGUUUAGAGGGGGCAAGGAGCACCUGCUGCAAACCAUGGGUGAAACCAGAUGAAUGACAACUAUUUCAGAGCUGGUGGAAAAGGACAGUGUCUCACCUGCACAAAAAGAGACAAAAGCUUUUGGUUCUGGUAGGGAGCCCCAGCAGCACUCACAGCACGCUGAGUACCAGCCCUUGGGCUAACACAGCUUUCUGCAGGGCUCCCGUGGCCAGUGCUGGGCCUGCACGUGUUUCCUUCAUCUUUUAGUGUGUGUGUGUGUGUGUCAGCAUGUAAAUAAAGCAUUUUCACUGUUAGGAAAUAAA